CGCUUCGACGAUGCCGGCGCCAGGGCUUACGUCGUGGUGGCCGAUGGGCAGGCUGCCAUGGAGGCCUGGGUGAAGGCGCUGUCGCGGGCCAGCUUCGACUACAUGCGGCUGGUGGUGAGGGAGCUGGAGAAGCAGCUGGAGGAGGCCUGCAAGAGCUUGGCCGCUUGCCGCAAGUCUCCGCGGAGGUCCUCCUCCUCCGGCAGGAAGAGGCACCUCUCCAACCCCGCCUUGCUGCCUGUCCAGGAGAAGCCCACCGUCCUGGAGAACGGU